UGGACUGAAACUAAACCGGGUUUAUGUUCUCGAUUGUUCUAAGUGGAAAGCCAAAAGAUUUGAAAGGGUAGAGCCUUCUCGGUUUCUGUGCAGAACUUUGUCAAAGGAUUCUUUCACUGGAUUCAGGACUAAUCUGGAAGAAACCUUCAAACUGCAGGAGCGGAAAGGGAAUUGGAAGCUGUGUCUCGCAGCAGGGUCCCCCAGGGUCCCUGCUUUUCAUUGAUUUCAAAAACAAGCGAGCCAACAACAAGCCCUUCUCUCGAAACGGCUGACCUGUAAUCGUGGACCCUGAUGUCUGUUUGUUUCUGGACCUCUGGCUCCGAGAGGAUUUGAACAUGUGUAUGCGGGGUUCCUUCCAUCCUCUCGGUAGAGACGAACUGUGCAGGGCUCUGCUGAAUUACAUAGCCCGGCAUCACCGCUAUAUUUACCCGUCACCAACAUUUUGGGGUUCUACCGCAUGACCAUGACAGACCCGGAAGAACCCCCUAACGUUGCAGGCUUAGGUUCGGGGGACGCAGGAGACCCCCAGCCUGAGAACGACUCCUCGUUCCCGCUGUCCUCCCUGGCCAAUCUCUUUGAGGGGGAGGAGACCGCCCCCUUGCCUGAGCCCCACCCCGGAGAGACCCGGCAGAACCUACGAAUCCGCUUCCAGGAUGCCUUCAAGAAGGGCAUCUCCAACCCCAAGGACCUGCUGGAGUCCUACGAGUCGCCAGUGGCCGCUGCACCCAAGAAAGCCCCCAUGGAUUCCCUCUUCGACUAUGGCAGCUACCGGCAGCCCAACGCCAACAAGCGCCAGAGGAAAAAGCUGCUGUGCGAUGUCUCCAGUGUAAAGGAUCUUGCCCAAGACCCCCCUCCGGUGCUCAAGAUGUUUACGCGGUUGCUGCUGUUCGACGCAGUGUCACGGGGAAAUACCUCCGACCUUCAGGGGCUGCUUCCCUUCCUGCUGGCACACAAGAAACAACUAACUGACGAGGAGUUCAGAGAGCCAUCGACUGGGAAGACCUGCCUGCCCAAAGCCCUGCUCAACCUCUACAGCGGCUGCAAUGACACCAUCCCUCUGCUGGUGGAAAUCGCCGAGAAAACGGGCAACCUGCGAGAGUUCAUCAACACCCCCUUCAGAGAUCUCUACUACCGGGGUCAGACCGCUCUCCACAUUGCCAUCGAGAGACGCUGCAAGCAGUACGUGGAGCUGCUGGUGGAGAAGGGGGCUGACGUUCACGCGCAGGCCAGGGGACGCUUCUUCCAGCCCAAGGACGAGGGUGGAUACUUCUACUUCGGUGAGCUUCCUCUAUCCCUGGCGGCCUGCACUAACCAGCCUGACAUGGUCCACUACCUGGUCCAGAACGCACACAAGACGGCGGACCUGCGGCGGCAGGACUCCCGCGGGAACACGGUUCUGCACGCUCUGGUGCACAUCGCUGACAACACGCGGGAGAACACGCGCUUCCUCACCAAGAUGUACGACUUGCUGCUCAUCAAGUGCGCCAAGCUCUACCCAGACUGCAACCUGGAGACCGUGCUCAACAACUACGGCAUGUCCCCACUCAUGAUGGCAGCCAAGCUGGGCAAGAUCGAGGUGUUCCAGCACAUCAUCCGACGGGAGAUCACGGACGAGAGCGCUCGGCACCUCUCCAGGAAGUUCAAGGACUGGGCGUACGGACCGGUCUACUCCUCCCUGUAUGAUCUCUCCUCGCUGGACACCUGUGGGGAGGAGGUGUCUGUGCUGGAGAUCCUGGUCUACGACAGCUGUGUCGAGAACCGUCACGAGAUGUUGGCGGUGGAGCCAAUCAAUGAGCUCCUGAGGGAUAAGUGGCAGAAGUUCGGCGCUGCCUCCUUCUACAUCAGCGUGGUGUCCUACCUGGUUUCCAUGGUGAUCUUUACUCUGGUUGCGUACUAUCGACCCUCAGAGGGCAAGCCCCCCUACCGGUACCAGAGCAGCACAGACUACCUGCGCCUGGCGGGAGAGUGCAUCACCCUGUUCACUGGAGUCGUCUUCUUCCUCACCAACAUUAAGGAUCUGUUCCUCAAGAAGUGUCCGGAGUUCAGCUCCUUGCUUAUGGAAGGGUCCUUUCAGCUGCUUUAUUUUAUCUACUCCGUGCUGGUGCUAGUGACGGCAGCGCUCUACCUGUCUGGGAUCAAUGCCUAUGUGUCAGUGAUGGCGUUGGCGCUGGUGCUGGGCUGGAUGAACACACUCUACUUUACCAGAGGACUGAAACUCACCGGGACCUACAGCAUCAUGCUGCAGAAGAUUCUCUUUAAGGACCUCUUCCGGUUCCUGCUGGUCUACUUACUCUUCAUGAUCGGAUACGCUUCAGCCCUGGUGUCCCUCCUGAACGUGUGCCCCAGCUCUGACACGCCCUGCCCAGGGGGACAGUGCCCCACGUACCCCCUGUGCCGUGACAACACCACCUUCAGCACCUUCCUCCUGGACCUCUUCAAGCUGACCAUCGGCAUUGGUGACCUGGACAUGAUCAACAGCACCCAGUACCCCGCGGUCUUCCUCACCCUGCUUGUCACCUACAUCAUCCUCACCUUCGUGCUGCUGCUCAACAUGUUGAUCGCUCUGAUGGGGGAGACGGUGGGAAAGGUGUCCAAGGAGAGCAAGAAGAUCUGGAAGCUCCAGUGGGCCACGACCAUCCUGGACAUCGAGCGCUCCUUCCCAGUGUGUCUGCGGAAGAAGUUCCGCUCGGGGGAGAUGGUCACGGUGGGCAAAGGCUUCGACGGGACCCCCGACCGGAGAUGGUGCUUCAGGGUGGAUGAGGUGAACUGGUCUCACUGGAACCAGAACCUUGGCAUCAUCAAUGAGGACCCAGGGAAGAACGAGACGUACCAGUACGAUGGCAUGCCGACCAGCAUGAAGGGGCUCCGCAGAGACCGCUGGUCCUCGGUGAUCCCACGUGUGGUGGAGCUCCACAAGAGCCCUCGCUCGGAGGAGGCGGUGAUGGUGGAGAUGGACCCCUUGUUACAGGGCAAACGGAAAACUAUAGACACCUAGAGAAGAGACGACACCACUGCUCCCCAGCCACACCGACCACUGCCCCUCCCUCAGAGACUCUGGAAGGGUCUCCGGCUGCUUGA